AUGGCUCUGGGGCAGGAAGGGUUAAACCGCGACCAAACCCAACUUCUGUGGCGCGCUGGGAGCUGUCCCCCCCAGUCCUUCAGCGAGUUGCUGGGAGCUUCUCUGUUGUUGAUGCUGAAAACUUACCUUAGUGAAGAUGUAUUUCAACAUGCGAUUGUUCUUUACCUACAUAAUCAUAGCUAUGCAUCCAUUCACAGUGAUGAUCUGUGGGAUAGUUUUAAUGAGGUCUCAAACAAAACACUAGACGUAAGGAAAAUGAUGAAAACCUGGACCCUGCAGAAAGGAUUUCCUUUAGUGACUGUUCAAAGAAAAGGAAAGGAACUUCUGGUGCAACAAGAAAGAUUUUCUUUAAAUACGAAGCCUGAAAUUCAGCCUUCAGAUGCAAGCUCUCUGUGGCAUAUUCCACUAUCCUAUGUCACUGAUGAAGGAAAUUAUUCAAAGUAUCGAUCAGUAUCAUUACUGGACAAGAAAUCAGUUGUCAUCAAUCUCACAGAAGAAGUGAAGUGGAUCAAGGUCAAUACAGACAUGACUGGCUAUUAUAUUGUACAUUAUGCAGACAACAACUGGGAAGCACUGAUCAAACAGUUGAAAAUAAAUCCUUAUGUCCUGAGUGACAAAGAUCGAGCCAACCUCAUCAACAACAUCUUUGAACUUGCAGGCCUAGGCAAGGUGCCUCUUCAGAGAGCUUUUGAUUUGAUUGAUUAUCUUAGAAAUGAGACCUCUACUGCACCCAUCACGGAAGCCCUGUUCCAGACGGAACUCAUCUAUAACCUUGAAGAACUGGGGCACAUGGAUCUGGCCUCAAGACUGGUGAACAAGGUAUUUAAAUUGCUUCAAAGCCAAAUCCAACAGCAGACGUGGACGGAUGAGGGCAGCCCAUCUGUUCGGGAGCUGCGCUCAGCCUUGCUAGACUUCGCUUGCACCCACCGCCUGGAGAACUGCAGCACCGCCGCCAUGAAGCUGUUUAACGACUGGGUGGCAUCCAAUGGAACUCAGAGCCUACCCACUGAUGUCAUGACGACUGUGUUCAAGGUUGGAGCGAAAACUGAGAAAGGCUGGUCAUUCCUCUUCAGCAAAUAUGUCUCUAUAGGCUCUGAAGCAGAGAAGAAUAAAAUACUUGAAGCUCUUGCCAGCUCAGAGGAUGCACGGAAACUUUACUGGUUAAUGAAAAGUAGCCUCAAUGGAGAUACCAUCCGAACACAAAAGCUGUCGUUUAUCAUUAGAACAGUGGGCCGGCAUUUUCCUGGACACUUACUGGCGUGGGAUUUUGUCAAAGAGAACUGGAGUAAGCUUGUACAGAAGUUCCAUCUGGGGUCCUAUACCAUACAAAGUAUUGUUGCUGGAUCAACUCACCUGUUUUCAACAAAGGCACAUUUAUCUGAGGUCCAGGCAUUCUUUGAAAAUCAGUCAGAGGCAACCUUUCGACUUCGUUGUGUCCAGGAGGCUUUGGAAGUCAUUCAGCUGAACAUCCAGUGGGUGGAAAAGAACCUUGAAACUCUGACGUUUUGGCUGUAGCAUGCAUACCUGCACCUCAUUCGGUCACCCAUUCAGACAGCUUGUUAACUUGGGCUCUGCUGCUUUUGCAAAAGCCAAGGUGAAACCAGGAUCGCUGCUGAGUUGUUUGCACUCUUAGGAGUUCUAGUUUGCUCAGGGCCCGUCUGUAUUUUUCAUCUGUCUUUUCUAAAAUGUCCUUGGGCAGUGUGUAGUUAUUACCAAAUUAUAUUCACCUACAUGCCAACCAUCUACAAAAACAAUGGGUAAUUUUCUACUCUGAAGAUAUUCAAAUGGAGAAAAAAUAUCUGUUUUGGAAUUCUGUUCUAUCUCUCAGUAUCUGGAAAGUGCUGACACCGUGAAAUAAGGAAAGAGCUACCAUGGGAGCCACCAUCUUUGCAGGCUGCUGGUUUAUUAGCCACUUGUUGCUUCUUGUUGAGCGAUGUUAUUUGAAUGUGGUUCAAAGUUAGCUUCAAAACGUAUGGUAAUGAAGUUGACGAAGCAUGCAACCAUAGAGAACUGACCUCAAGUGUGCAGAUCAACUUUGACUGGCAGUUUUGAAUAAUCCUUUAUUUUCUGGAAGAAGUUUAUAACUAUUAUAUUUUUUUUCUGAAGAAUAGCCAGGUGCUAUAGAAUUUUUAAUUUUUUGUUGUAUUGUAAAGCUAAAUAACAAGGCCAAAAGAUUAAAUUUUCCAAAUAUUUAACACUUCCUUUUUCAUCUUUCAGGAAAAUAUUUCAAACCGAGUUAAUGUUAAUUAUAAUUAUUUUACUUAUGAAUUCCAGUGUUCUCCAAACCUCUGUACACCUUUAUCACUCCCUGCCAUAGAUACACCUUAUGUUAUAAAUAAGUAUUUCUACAUUUAUGGCAAGCAUUUUUUUAAUACUGGUGUCUCUUAUCAUGACUUUAUUACUAAGAAUACAGUUUGUUUAAGUUGCUUUUUGGCAUAAUAGAUCAUAGACACUUUCUCUGAAUCAUACCCGUUGGGUGGAUUUUCAUUUUAUAUGAUAGAGUUGCAUAUUAGAAGCAUAUUUUAAAAUAGGGCCUUUGAGAAAUUGAACAUUUUUAUUUAAAGUUCACCACAGUACCUUAAAGGAAUAAAGAGAAUGUGGGUAGGAGUAACUUGAUUUAGGUUUAAUAUGGUGGGCUUUGAAUUUUUUCUACUGUCAGAAACAGUACUUUUCUUUAGUUGAAAAAUCAAAGUUUUCUUUUGUAAUGGCCAAACUAACAAAUUAUAAGGAAUGGCCAUGGAAAGAAAGAAAGAAGGGAAGAAGAAAGAGAGAGAGGAAAGUAUCCAAAACUGUAUGGCAAUCUUACUCCUUCUAAAGGAGGAAUACUGUACUUGAAUUUUUUGAGCUAUGCAGACUUAUUCCUAGAUUGUUGUGUUUCUUUGACUCUUAGGAGAAAAGCUUUCUUCGUAAUAAUUCUUGUACUUUAUAUUUUGCUUGAAAACAUCUACAUAUAUAAAGAGGAUAUUUACCCAUUUUUCACCUAAGAUUUUCCCAUGGAAUUCCAUACUUUUUAAUGUUAUGCUAUCCCAUCUGUAUGGGGCUUCCAAAAACUAACUCUAAGUAAGGAAUAUAAGGUUAAAUAAUAGGUAGAACAUGUAGUAUAAUAAGUAUUAUUGGAGCUUUUGAAGUUUUUUUCCCCCAGAAUUUUAUUUUACCACUGUAUUUCUGAGAACUCAAAUAGAUUGAAGCACAGCAGAAUAGGAUUCUAUUUUACAUGAGCACAUAGAUCCAUGACACAAUUAAGUACUGUUUGACAAGUGUUAUAUUCAUUGCAGAGAGACGGUCUACUUGAAUUAAUAAAAAGGCACAUCAUACUAGUAAUCUAGAUUACUAGAUUACUAGUAUGAUGUGCCUUCUUAUUGUAGAAGAAAAAAAUGUAUGCUUUGGAGAUCUGAAAGGCUGUGAAAGUAGAAAUCUAAGGAGUCCAGUUUGUUUAUAUCUAAUCACUUGUUAAUACCAAGUGAUUAGACAUAAUUAAACUGAAGUAGUGUCAGCUGCCACCAUAAGUUUAUGCCUUCCUCCAUCUUGUUUUAUAUAAAUCUCUUUAAGUGAAAUUGUGUUGUUUGCCAUUGUUUUGGUGUUCAUGAACUUUCUUACUAUCACUGGUUCUACUUAACGCUAAUGUCCUUUGCCUUUCGUGUUUUCAUUGUACUGUACUUUAGCCACUGUAGGAACAGAGAGCUGUCAGAAGAGUUCUGGGUAUACAGAGGAUAUUGAGCCGCAUCAGUCUUACUGGGUACAGAACAGAAUCCUUUCUGAAUAUUGGAAAGAAAGAAAUGAAAGUUAAGUGAUGAGUUUGUUGGAUUACGGAUAGCCUGUUACUGAGUUGGAUUUUAAAAGAGUCUGCUCCAUCUAAAGCACCUGGAAUAAUCUGCAGUCAGACUGCUGAACAUUCACAUAGUCCCCAUGUAUUUCAUGGGGCUGCAGGGAAGGUGUCUGCAUGUCAGGAGAUGUGUCAUCAGCAGGAACAGCAGUUCCUGGGCUGAGUUUGCAAAACAAGACCUGAAUUUCAUAGGUAUGAUGUAGCUCUUCUUCUCCCUUUUGCCUUUAUUUUUUUUAAUUGGAAUUAACUCUCUUUUUAAAGAGCUUUCUUCCUCCUUCUGCCCUCACACCCCCAUUUGUACUUUAAAAAGCUUAUGUCAAUAUAUAUAUAUAUAUAUUUUUUUUUUUUUUUUU